AGCAUGGAUUCGACCGAGUUCCGCCGAUGCGCGAAGGAACUAGUGGACUUUGUCGCGGAUUAUCUGGACCGGAUAGGAGAAAGGUCCGUCCUGCCGGACGUCCAGCCCGGAUUCAUGGCCGAACUGCUCCCUGACGAAGCUCCGCAGGAAUCGGAGAACUGGAAAGAAGUGAUCAAAGACAUCGAACGAGUCGUCAUGCCCGGGAUGACUCAUUGGAAUUCUCCCCAUUUCCAUGCCUACUUUCCUACAGCGAAUUCCUAUCCGUCUAUGUGCGCCGAUAUACUCUUGAGUGCUCUCUCGUGCAUCGGAUUCACAUGGAUGUCGAGUCCAUCGUGCACGGAAAUGGAAAUGGUGAUGAUGGACUGGUUAGGCAAAGCAAUCCAACUACCUGAACACUUUUUAUUUGAAUCCAAAGGACCUGGAGGAGGAGUUAUACAGGGAACAGCAAGUGAAGCAACUUUAGUCGCACUACUGGCUGCAAGAAGUAGGUCUCUAGCGUUGACGAAAGGUGCUAAAUUGGAAAAGUUAGUUGCAUACGCCUCGGAUCAGUCUCAUUCUUCCGUGGAACGUGCCGCUCUGUUAGGUGCUGUACGCAUGCGUUUAUUGCCAACAGACGAAAAUCUGUCGUUGAGAGGUGAUACUCUUGCCAAAGCCAUCAAAGAAGAUAAGGAUAAAGGAGACAUCCCUUUUAUUGUAGUGGCCACUUUAGGAACGACCAGUACCUGCGCUUUCGACAACCUGAAAGAGAUUGGAACUGUGUGUUCGAAGGAAGACAUAUGGUUGCACAUAGACGCUGCUUAUGCUGGUUCUUCAUUCAUUUGCCCUGAAUUCAGGCCAUUGUUAGAUGGAGUGGAGCUCGCUGACAGCUUUAAUUUCAAUCCUCACAAAUGGCUACUGGUGGGCUUUGAUUGUUCGACGAUGUGGGUUAAGAACCGCCUCGAUAUUACAGAAGCUUUCUCGGUGAAUCCAACUUAUCUUAAGCAUGAGAAAGAAGGACAAAUUCCAGAUUAUAGGCAUUGGCAAAUUCCGUUGGGACGUCGCUUCCGUUCUUUGAAAAUGUGGUUCGUCUUCCGAAUGUAUGGAAUUCGAAAGCUGCAAGAACACAUCAGAAAGCAUGUAGCCUUGGCCAAAGAAUUUGAGCGUCUAGUUUGUGGAGAUGCAAGAUUCGAAGUCGUUGAGCCUGUUCUGCUAGGACUCGUCUGUUUCCGACUAAAGGGUCCCAACCACCUGAAUGAAGAACUGAAUCGACGAGUGAACGAGCGACGUCGAAUCCACAUCACCCCAACACGAGUUCGUGAUCGAUACAUUCUGCGAUUCGCCAUCUGUUCCCGCGUCACUACCUCAGAAGAUAUCACUUUUGCUUGGGAAGAGAUUCGACAGGUAGCAGCACUGCUAGAAAAGUAA